CAGAGGCAGUGCUUCAUUCACUGUGUCCCUGUAGAGUUCUCUCUGUAUCUCUUUCUUGCACUGAGUUGUAUCCAUUAGCCAAGAUGCCGCAGAGAAAUAGGAGUUUUACUUUUGGAGCGUAUGGAGGAGUUGACAAGACAUUUUCCAGAUCCAGAAAUCUGUGCAGGAGCAAGGAUGGAGGAGAGCCCUGCAUCUCUGACAAGCUAGACCCUUCACUGUUCCAGCCAUCACUGCCCUACACUGGCCCUCCAUUCCUCAAGACUACUGAUUUAUUUGAAAUGAUUGAGAAAAUGCAGAGCAACAGAAUGGACGAGCAACGGUGCACACUUCCUCCUCCUCUCAAAACCGAAGAAGACUACAUCCCUUACCCCAGUGUCCAUGAGGUUCUCGGCAGAAAGAGUCCAUUUCCCUUGAUUCUGCUGCCCCAGUUUGGGGGUUAUUGGAUUGAAGGGACCAAUCACGAGCUGUGCAAUGGAACUGACCCAGAGCAGCUCCUCUCUCCCACCUCUCGCAUUAAACUGGAGUUUAACAACACUUCUAAGAUCUACAGGAAGCAUUUUCUGGGCAAGGAACACUUUAAUUACUACACAGUGGACAGUGCCCUGGGCCACCUGGUGUUCUCCAUGAAAUAUGAUGUUAUUGGGGACCAAGAGCAUCUUCGGCUCAUGCUCAGAACUAAAAUGAAAACAUAUCACGAUGUGAUUCCAAUAUCUUGUCUGACCGAAUUCCCCAACAUUGUCCAGAUGGCCAAGCUUGUCUGCGAAGAGGUGAAUGUGGACCGCUUUUUCCCUGUGCUUUACCCAAAGGCCUCCAGGCUCAUUGUCACUUUUGACGAACACGUCAUCAGCAACAACUUCAAGUUUGGGGUCAUUUAUCAGAGGUUUGGACAGACAUCAGAGGAGGAUUUGUUUGGGAAUAAUGAGGAAAGUCCUGCAUUAGUGGAGUUUUUAGAGUUUCUGGGACAGAAAAUCGAGCUCCAUGACUUCAAAGGGUUUCGCGGUGGAUUGGACGUGACGCAUGGACAGACAGGCUCUGAGUCUGUGUACCACAACUUCCACAACAAAGAGAUCAUGUUUCAUGUGUCAACUAAACUGCCUUACACAGAGGGCGAUACACAGCAGCUGCAGAGGAAGAGGCAUAUAGGAAAUGACAUUGUGGCAAUCGUGUUUCAAGAAGAAAGCACUCCAUUUGUGCCAGACAUGAUUGCCUCUAACUUCCUGCAUGCCUAUGUUGUGGUGCAAGUGGAGAAUGCUUGUUCUGACAAUGUCCUGUACAAGGUUUCAGUAACAGCACGAGACGAUGUCCCAUUCUUUGGACCACCCCUCCCGAACCCAGCCAUUUUUAAGAAAGGGCCAGAGUUUCAUGAAUUCUUGCUCACCAAGCUGAUCAAUGCUGAGUAUGCCUGCUACAAAGCUGAGAAAUUUGCCAAAUUGGAGGAGCGCACCCGAUCUGCCCUGCUGGAGACCCUGUAUGAGGAGCUGCACAUCAACAGUCAGGCCAUGAUGGGUCUGGGAGGAGAGGAGGACAAACUGGAGAAUGGAGGAGGAGGGGGAGGGGGCUUUUUUGAGUCCUUCAAGCGAGUGAUCCGCGGCAGAAGCCAGUCUCUGGACGCCAUGGGCCUCAAUAUCAGGAAGCACACAGUCUCCAAUAGUCACAGCGACAGUUUCACCCACAACAACAACAACCAUCACCACUCACCAGAGACCCCCAAAAUCCCAGGGAUAUCAUUGCUUGUCCCAGGCAAAAGUCCCAGUAAAUAUGGACGCCGCGGCAGUGCCAUAGGAAUAGGAACAAUAGAAGAGUCUUUGAUCAUUCCUGGAAAAAGCCCAACCAGGAAAAAGUCAGGACACUUCAGCUCUCGACGUAGCAGCGCUAUCGGCAUUGAGAACAUCCAAGAAGUCCAAGAGAAGAGAAUUACCGCUCUGUUGUCAGAGGACAAGACAGUGCUCUGUCUCUCUCUGCCCAGUGUCACUCUCAAGAAUGGGAGACUCACCGUGGAUCCCUCCAACAGUAGAGAAUGCUCUCCCUGUACACAGAAAACACCAGACAGUGGACAUGCCUCUCAGGACCCCAAGUCUGAAAACUCCUCCAAUCAGAGUUCACCUGAGGUCCUCAUUACUAAGAACAGUUCAACCAUGUAUUGCCGGGCUCCUUCCAUUCCUGAGGCUCAUGACCUUUCUCGCUCCUCCUCUAAUGCCAGCAGCUUUGCCAGUGUAGUAGAAGAGAAUGAAGCAGAAGCCACAGAGGACUAUGACACUGGCAUGGAGAGUCUGUCGUCAGCAGGAACUCCUCAUAAACGUGACUCAUUCACAUACAGCAUGUGGUUGGAGGACAACAUGAGCACUGCCAGCAACAGCAGGGGGAGCUCUCCUGCCCCUGCCAGAAAUCAGCAAACAGAUGGGGGAAAGAGCCAAGAUCAGAACCGUACAGACAUCCGCAUAAAGCUGGAGCGGCCGCAUGACCACAAAUCUACAUCUAACUGCUAGUCUCUCCUGCUCGAUUGCCUCAUGGACAUCCAUCAAUAGCAUUUCCAUAAGAAACACCCUCUUAGAGAGACAAGGCAAGCUCAGGUUUAUUACGGUACUGCUGGCAAUGGUGAAGAAGAGGAGGACAGCACCAGUCAGCUGCAGGAGUGACAGCAUGCACAUGGCCCAGGACCACGAUCGUGUUACCAUCCCUCCAUCAGGAUACUAUUUACUUCCCUAGCAGGCUUGACCAGAACCAAGAAUGAGUUGGUUACAGGCAGCCUGAGACCUUUACUGGCUGUUACUUUUCUCUCUUCCAUCAGGCUUUCUCUUCACAUUCCUUUCUGCAUCAGUAUUGGUCCACUCUGUGCUGUCACCUGAAUCCCUUGUGAGUACAUCCAGUAAAUGAAUACGAACUUUGUUCCUCUGUAGCAGUGUCUGCUGAUACUUCACUGUACUGGAGAGUGGCUAAUUUAACAGGCUGUAUGAGGUCCUAACACUGUGCUAUAAUUACAUUUCAUAAAGUUUGUCUCAAAAAGGACAUUUCACCUCCUUGCACAAUAAGAGCUAUUUUCAGCUAAUUAUUGAGACCAAACCAUUUCUCAUAUGCUAAUAUUGAUGUUCUUUUGUUCAGAUUUCAGGUUUGGAAAUUCUUGUUAUUUAUUUUCAAUAACUUAUGUUCAUUACAGCCCAUGGCAGCACUUUAAUAUAUGUUUUGUGUUUAUUUAAAAGUAACACCACUCCAAAAUUUCCUUGCAGAGAAAAACAAUCAGAUUUGGCAAAAAAAACCA